CGGCUGCCGGACACAGUCCAGGGGUCCAUGCAGCGGGGCAUGGUAAUUUUUUGAGUUUCAUUUGUUGGCUUUUUUCGCCUUAGAUUACUUGAAUUAUGUCUCGGAUUUUAAACUUCGUCAGUAUUCAGCUGCGCAAGGAUUUGGCACGGCGGGGAGGGAUUGCUCGGCUCCCUUUGAGGACCAUCAGUUGCACCUCAAGGAAACAUGCAGAGGAAAGUAACACUUCCACAGUUUUGGGAAAGCGAUGGAAGGACACUGCAGACACUGUCAUCAUUGGUGGUGGUUGUGUGGGGGUCAGCCUGGCCUAUCACCUGGCCAAAUCUGGGAUGAAGGAUGUGGUGUUGCUGGAGAAGACUGAGCUGACGGCUGGAUCCACCUGGCACGCUGCGGGUCUGACAACAUAUUACCAUCCAGGCAUCAACCUGAAGAAGGUCCAUUAUGACAGUAUUAAAUUGUAUGAGACCCUGGAGGCUGAAACUGGACAGGCGGUGGGUUUUCACCAACCUGGCAGCGUACGCAUUGCUUCAACACCGGCUCGUGUGGAUGAGAUGAGGUACCAGAUGACCCGUACACACUGGCACGUGACACCUCAGUACUUCAUCGGACCAGAGAAAGUCCACGAGUACUUUCCUCUGCUUAAUAUUGACAAGGUGUUGGCAGGCCUUUACACCCCCGGUGACGGCCACAUUGACCCUUACUCUCUGACAAUGGCUCUGGCUGCUGGAGCUCGUAUGUACGGUGCUCAGAUCUACAAUCCAGCGCCGGUCACUGCCCUCAACCCGACAUCUGAUGGGAAGUGGGACGUCCAGACGCCUCAUGGAACAAUUCGAGCAAAUCGAAUCGUCAACACGGCAGGUUUUUGGGCCCGGGAGGUUGGAAAAAUGAUCGGCUUUGACCACCCCACCAUCCCAGUGCAUCACCAGUAUGUUGUGACUGCAACGGUACCAGAGGUGAAGGCUCUGAAGAAAGAGCUGGCUGUCAUCAGGGAUCUGGAGGGGUCUUAUUACUUGCGUCAGGAGAGAGAUGGCCUACUGUUUGGCCCAUAUGAGAGGAUGGAGAAGAUGGUGCUACAGGACUCUUGGGUUAGGGAGGGAGUACCUCCAGGUUUCGGGAAGGAGCUGUUUGAAUCGGACCUCGACAGAAUAAUGGAACAUGUUGAGAUGGCCAUGGAGAUGGUCCCGGUGCUGAAGAAAGCUGACAUUAUUAAUAUUGUGUCUGGACCAAUCACAUACACUCCUGAUCUGCUGCCUAUGGUCGGACCGCACCACGGAGUCCGCAACUACUGGACCGCAAUUGGCUUUGGGUAUGGAGUUAUCCAUGCUGGUGGCAUCGGUAAAUUCCUGGGUGACUGGAUUAAGAACGGAGAGCCUCCCUACGACCUGAUUGAAUGUGACCCCAAUCGCUACGGCAAGUGGGCAGAUGUACCUUUCAUGUGUGCCAAAGCAAGAGAAUCCUAUGGCUUCAACAACGUGGUCGGUUACCCCAAGGAGGAGCGAUUUGCUGGCAGGCCGACCUCCAGGACGAGUGGUGUUUAUGAGCUGCUGAAAGACAAAGCAUCCCAUGGCUUUCAUGCUGGCUGGGAACAACCUCACUAUUUCCACAAAUCUGGAGAUGACAUUGGAUACAAGCCCAGUUUCCAUCGCACCAACUGGUUUGGACCCGUUGGCAGAGAGUGCAAACUGGUGAUGGAGAAGGUGGGAGUGAUCGACCUCACACCUUUUGGCAAGUUCACGGUGAAGGGGAAGGACUCGCUCAAGUUGCUGGAUCGGCUGUUUGCUAACACCAUGCCAAAGGUGGGACAGACGAACAUCAGCCACAUGCUGACCCCGUCUGGGAAAGUCUUUGCUGAGGUCACCAUCACCCAGUUGGCACCUGGAGAGUUCUUGCUCAUCACAGGUUCAGGAUCUGAGCUGCAUGACCUCAGGUGGAUAGAAGCAGAAGUUGCAGAGGGCAGGUAUGACGUGGACGUCAGUAACGUGACAGACGAGAUCGGCGUCCUUGGUAUUGCGGGACCGAACUCCCGGAAGGUUCUCCAGAAGCUGACAGAUGAGGAUAUGAGUGAUGGAGGUUUCAAAUUCCUCCAGUGUAAGACUGUCAAGCUGGCUGGUAUUCCUGUCCGGGCCAUCAGGAUCUCCUACACCGGUGAGCUGGGCUGGGAGCUCUACAUCGACCAGAAAAACAUGGCAGCUGUGUACCAGGCCAUGAUGGAUGCAGGGAAAGGUGAGGGAAUUGAGAAUUUCGGCACCUACGCCAUGUCCUCGCUCAGACUGGAGAAGGGCUUCAGAGGCUGGGGGGCUGAGAUGAACUGCGACACCAAUCCUCUGGAGGCAGGGCUGGAUUAUUUCAUUAAACUGAACAAGCCUGCUGACUUUAUCGGCAAAGCGGCGCUUCAGGAGAUCAAAGCCAAAGGUCUGAAGAGGAAGCUGUCAUACCUGUCCGUGGAUACAAGUGAUAUCGACCCUGAAGGCAACGAGACCAUCUGGCUCAAUGACAAGGUGGUCGGCAACACAACGUCCGGAGCCUACAGCUACAGCAGCCAGCAGAGCCUGGCAUUCGGAUACCUGCCCCUGGAGCUGUGCUCCGUCGGACAGAAGGUGGAGGUGGAGCUGCUGGGCAAGAAGUACCCUGCGUCAGUCAUCCAGGAGCCCUUGAUCCACACCGAGCCCACGCGAACCCGGCUGCAGAAAAAAGCGAAAUCCAAAGCAUAAGCUCCGGUAUCGUGCCAAAAAGUGAUUGCCUGCCAGAAUCUGAUUUUUCUCCCCUGAAAAUGGGUCUUUUUACCUGCCAAAAAUUGAUUGAAGGCCAAAUACAGUUAAUGAAAAGUUGUUUCUGCCUAAAUAUGACUGGAUCUCAUUCUUGAGCUUCAUAAUCUGAAAAUCUGACGUUUUAGCGCUAUUGCUCAACGGGCUGCUGUGCGCGCUCCCGCGGCCAGAAAAAUCAGAUUCUGGCACGCAAUCACUUUUUGUCACGACACCGGCCGUCCUCCGCCAGCUUCUGAGCAGCUGAUGAGUCCUACUGUGAAGUAUAAACAAGAGAAGGCAUGGAAAGACGAGAGUGUGGUCCACAUGCUGAACUGUUUGUGUCCGCAUAUAAGGGGCCAGUUUAAGUUGCAAAAUUAUACAUAUAUAUAAGCUGGAAACAGUCUUUUAAAUGCGUUUCACAGCAAAUAUGUGACAUUCAUGUACUACAGUGUCUUACCAUUUUGGAGGAGUAAUUUACUUUUUUAAUUCUAUGAAUGUAUGUUGAAAGUUUACAGGUCGAUUGUGUCUUUGUUUUUGAAAAAUAAUUACCUCUCAAAUAGAAAGGUGUCGUAUCAUACGUGUUUUUUUGCCUUUAGCGGAACAUCAGAAAUAAUUCUGAUGCAUUUUUAACAGAAAACUGCUUUGAGACAUUAACAAAUGGAACAAAAUGCUUUAAUAUCAAAUAACCAAAGUAAACCGUAUAUUGACAAAACUGCACAAAUAUUUUUGUAAGUCUGUUUUUUGAGCCAAAGUAAUGAAAUAACGAAUGUAAUUAAAGAUCCUGAUGAAGUCA